UAUGAUUUACUCAUCCGUCAGGUGAGAGACAACCUCUUUCUGUCUUCUUUCGCGAUUUUUCCGCGUGCGGUCAGUGCGGUGGCGAUCACGGCUACGAAAUGAUGUAUACGUUAAAGGGAAGCUGCGCGGUGAUGACGCUUCUUCUGUUUACUCGGACUCAUGGCGAUCUCCUCUUCAGACACGCGCAGCAGCAGCAGCAGCAGCGAUACAAUCCCGCGAUACCGUCACUUCCGUGGUAUCUCGCGCCAUCUCAAGAGUUCGUGCUCCGUGAGAUUAUCCUCGAGUCGAUCAUUCCUUCGCUGUUCGAUACCAACGCGAUUCACAAACGCCUGCUGGACACAUCCUUCUACGGUAAUUCGGUCGCCGCGACGUACUCGAGCGAUAACGUUCUGUCACGCGGGAAUGUCUAUCGUUUGUCCAACGGUCACUGGAUGCUGUGCGAGGACGGAUGCGUCGAUUGCGAGCCGUGCGUAACACAGGGAGAUCCCUUGUUCAAGUGGAUUCUGCAGAGGGUCAAGCGGCCGUCAGCCUUUGAUCCCUCGCGACAUGAUCUCCAGCUGACUAUAAUUUCGCAAACGGACGAUUACUUCCGCACGAACAAUCUCUGGCCCAAUUUCUACAUUUACGUAACAUCCCAGGGAGAACGGGGCUCAAUCUCGGUCACCGAAACGAAACAUAACAACGGCUCAGAAAAUUCUCCGCCUAAUCUCGAAAACAAUUUUCCGCAACAGCAUCAUCAUGCGAAGAAUCCCUUCGCGGACUCAAUCUCGGAAAAAGAGAAUCACAUUCUGGAGAGUACCGACAAGUCGCUCGAGCAAAAGUACCGGAAUAUGAGACAUCGACCUUUGCCCGUAGAAGAACCGGCGGAAGAAGCGAAUCAAUUGGCGUCCAAGUUGAUCCUGGGAACCGAUCAACGAGGUCAAAAGCAUUUGGUCCACGUGGUGCCGGCGGAUCAUCCGCCGAUCAACGCUUCGAAUCGCUCGACAUCAUCGCAGUUCGUGGAGGGUCAAGCGACACGUUCGAAUAAUAUCGUUCCCAAGCAGGAGAAGCUAACUUACCAGCAGAUAUCCCGCCAAGUUUUCGACUCCUUGAAUACGCACAGACAAUCAAUCGAGAGUUUCCUGAAGUCACCGGCGGACAAUGUAAGCGAACAGCAAAUAGCUUCCUCCACGGACAAUAUAGAAGUUGCUGAAUUUUCCUGGAAUAAUCGCGACGUAACUCACACAAGUGCCAAUUUCGAGCCAUUGCGCACUAAUGACACCUGGCUAUUAUCACCUUUUUAUGUAGAAAAUGAAGAUGGGACGGAAAAAUAUCGACAACGUAAAAGCAGAUAUGGCUAUCAACGCAUAAAGCCGAACCUUAAUGAUUAUCACACUAGAUAUGCAAAUAUAAAUCAAGCUGGGAUACCUCGUGGUCAGUUUCCAAUGAAUAUUGAUUUCGAUAGAGAACGGCGAAGAGCACGCGUCAGACCGUACUUUAUUAAUAAUGAUAAUAUCUCACAGAUAAAUUCAUCGAUUUUAUUACAAAGUUCUUCGAACGGUUCUUUGGUAGAAGAUGCCAUUCCGAGGAAGCCUGGUUUCAAGAAUGGCUUUGUUGCAAACUCCGCGAAGCAAAUUGAUCUUAAUGAAACGUUCAUUGAUAAAGCAAAUAACAAUUCCAUAGAGUCGAGUUCGAUAACAAUAAAACGCGAGAAUGGACGAUUAUUCAACUCGGAGAGGCUGGCAAGUGGCGAAGCUAAUCGAGAAUUCGAGACUUCGCACCAUGCUUUCAGGAUAAUUACUACCGAGUCGCCGAUAAUUCGAAGAGGACACGAAACUACUACUCUAAAUCGUACUGUAGCAUCACAAAUAAAUGCUUCCAAGACAUUUGCUGAUAAUCAGCAGUAAAAAAAAAAACAUAGUAGC